UGGUUUACCAAAAAGUUAUCAAAACUUUUAUACAACUUCAACUAAUUCAGAUUUUCUUACGUUUCAACCAAUGACCACAGCUGGCCCAAUGGAGAACACAGCCUUGAAGAAAAUGAAAAUUUGAUUUUGAUCCUUGUUCUACUAAAGGAGCGCUAUAAUGUUAUGUACUUUCCUUGAGCAGGGUGCCAUUUUACAGCAGAAACAAGCAAUUAAGCUACUUUCAAUUGUUCUGAAAAUGUUUUUGUCAAUCAAUACUUGAAGAAAAUUUGACUUUGCAAUUCCAUGCAAAGUUCAUUUGGCCUUUUGUCUUUAGUGUUCUUUCCAAUUUGAGGAUGAUUUCAGUAUUGGUCUUUGACUCUGAAUAUUCAAAGAUUAGAAUACUGAUCAUAUAGUUCAAUGAGUAUAUGUGAGUACCAUAAAUUUAAGCCGGUUGUAUAGAGGCUUAGGUUAGGCGAGGUCACUUUAAGACGGGAUCAUAGAUCCCUAGGGGAGCGCAUGUUCUUUAUACUGACCCGAUAUAAAACGCAUGUUCAUGAGAACACUCUUGCACCAGAAUACAAACAGUGGAAGAAUGGAGGUCAGUCUGAGAUUAGCGAUGAGUUUGUUUGAGCUGAUCACAGUUGUUGUGCUGGGUGGGUCUCUCAAUGGUGUAAAAGAAAGAAAUCAGCAUACAGAUAACCUGACUGGCCCUGAUUUCAGUGCUGAGGCUUCAUUGGUGAAAUGUACGCUGCAGGGUACGCCUCGUCAACCUGCGUUCUCCAUGGACGGGGACUUUGUGAUUGGAGGGACUUUUUUAAUUCACUACCAAGCCCAGACAGUGAUUAAUAACUACACCUCCAAGCCUGAGCUUCCAAUAUGCAAAGGGAGCUUCAGCGGUUUGGGUCUGCAAUUCUCUCGCACAAUGGUCUUUGCUAUUGAGGAGAUCAACAACAGCACCGAGCUGCUGCCAGGCGUCAGACUUGGAUAUCAGAUAUUUGACACUUGCGCCUCUGUGCCUGUUGCCGUGCAUGCUGCAUUUCAGCUUUCUAACGGCCAGGAUCCCGUGUUUUACCAAGGUAGCAACUGUUCAAAGUCUGGAGAGGUGGUGGCUGCUGUUGGAGACUCUGGAUCCACAUCCUCUAUCAGCGUCUCACGAAGCUUUGGGUCCUUUAAAAUCCCUCUGGUAAGCUACUUUUCCACUUGUGCCUGCCUGUCUGAUAAACAUGAGCACCCAACGUUUUUCAGAACAAUUCCCAGUGAUUAUUACCAAGCUGCUGCACUGGCCAAACUGGUGAAACACUUUGGCUGGACUUGGAUCGGAGCCAUCCAUUCGGACUCAGAUUAUGGAAAUAAUGGCAUGGCUUCUUUCCUUGACACAGCACUCAAAGAGGGGAUCUGUGUGGAGUACAUUGAAUCUUUCUAUCGAACUGACCCACAGAACAAGAUCAGAAAAGUAGCUGAUGCCAUCCGCAGAUCAACAGCCAAAGUAGUUUUGGCAUUUGCACCUGUGGGUGAUAUGAAGGUCCUCCUAGAGGAGCUGAGCAGAGAACCAACUCCACAUCGGCAGUGGAUUGGAAGUGAAGCAUGGAUAAGUGACCCACUUUUGAUGAGUUUCAGUUUCUGUGCAGGAGCUUUUGGAGUUGCCAUUCAGCAAUCUGUCAUUCCAGGGCUGAGAGAUUUCCUCCUGGAUCUCUCUCCCUCUGAAGUGGCAGCUUCCUCAGUGCUGACUGAGUUCUGGGAGGAUGCAUUCAACUGCAGCCUGACAGAAGCUGCUGAUCCACAUAAGGGAAAAUGUGAUGGAACGGAAGAUAUUAAAGCUCUUAAAAGUCCGUAUACUGAAACAUCUCAGUUAAGAGUUUCUAACAUGGUGUACAAGGCUGUGUAUGCAGUAGCGCAUGCCAUUCACAAUGCAGUGUGUCAGGAAACAAACGGACCCACUCAGUGUGACAAACACAAGCGUCUAGAGCCUGAACAAGUUUUCACUGAACUAAAGAAAGUCAACUUUUCCCAAAAUGGCUACCAUGUCUCAUUUGAUGCUAAUGGAGAUCCUGUGGCGUUUUAUGAGCUGGUAAACUGGCAGAAAGGUGAGAGUGGAGUUAUUGAACUGGUAACAGUGGGAUAUUAUGAUGCUUCACUGCCAAGAGGCCAGGAGUUUCUCAUUAACAGGAAUAUUACCUGGAUGGAUGGUUACAAACAAGUUCCAGUGUCAGUUUGCUCAGAGAGUUGUCCUCCAGGAACUCGCAAAGUGUUGCAGAAAGGAAAACCAAUCUGCUGCUAUGACUGUAUACCAUGUCCUGAAGGAGAGAUCAGCAACAUGACAGAUUCCCCUGAUUGCUUCCUGUGUCCCAGAGAGUUCUGGCCAAAUCCAAAGAGAGAUGCUUGUUUCCCAAAACCUGUGGAGUUUCUUUCCUUCGAUGAAGUUCUGUCAAUCAUCCUGACUGUAGUCUCAAUCAGUGGAGCCUUUUUCGCUGUCAUCACUACACUGAUUUUCUUCUACUACAGAACAACUCCAAUUGUCAGAGCCAACAACUCUGAGCUGAGUUUCCUGCUGCUCUUCUCUCUGACUCUGUGUUUCUUAUGUUCAUUAACUUUCAUUGGAGCCCCCUCUGAGUGGUCCUGCAUGCUGCGGCACACAGCUUUUGGCAUCACAUUUGUUCUCUGUAUCUCCUGCGUUCUUGGCAAAACUAUAGUGGUUCUAAUGGCCUUUAAAGCUACACUUCCUGGUAGUAAUGCUAUGAAAUGGUUUGGUCCUCCACAGCAAAGAUUGACUGUAGUAUCUUUUACAUUUAUUCAAGUUAUAAUAUGUAUCAUUUGGUUGGUUGUGAGUCCUCCCUUCCCAGUGAAAAAUCUGACCACCUACAAGGAGAAGAUCAUCCUGGAAUGUGCGUUAGGCUCUGCUGUUGGUUUCUGGGCUGUGCUCGGCUACAUCGGCCUGCUGGCUGUGUUUUGCUUUGUGUUAGCUGUUCUAGCUCGGAAACUACCUGAUAAUUUCAACGAAGCCAAGAUGAUAACCUUCAGCAUGUUGAUAUUCUGUGCAGUCUGGAUCACCUUCAUCCCAGCUUAUGUCAGCUCUCCUGGGAAAUUUACUGUGGCUGUGGAGAUAUUUGCUAUUCUGGCCUCCAGUUUUGGACUGAUACUGUGUAUAUUUGCUCCAAAGUGUUUCAUCAUUUUGUUUCAACCAGAAAAGAACACCAAAAAAUAUUUAAUGAACAAAACCUAAGUUAAACCCCAGAGAAGACUGGAAUUAAUGUGACAAAAAUACAGGUAGUAUUAAUCUGGUUGUUGCAUAUCAUAAACUAUUUACACCUAUUUGAAAAAGAUUUGCUGCCAUGCAUUAAGUAAAAAGUUUGGAGGAGUAGUUUAAAUGCAGCCAUGUUCCAUUGUGGUAGUAUAUAAUAUAUGUGAGUCUGUUGUUUUCUUGUUUCAAAAAUAAAUCACGUACUAAACCAAUGUCUCUGGAUAUUAUUGUAAACACGAUUAACUGAAUACAUCAUAAAACACAGUGUGGCAAUCCUCAAUUUCAAGUUUGUGUAAUAGCUACAGUGGUUUACCAAAAACCUAUCAACUUCAACUAAUUCAGAUUUUCUUACGUUUCAACCAAUGACCACAGCUGGCCCAAUGCAGAACACAGCCUUGAAGAAAAUGAAAAUUUGAUUUUGAUCCUUGUUCUACUAAAGGAGCGCUAUAAUGUUAUGUAUUUUCCUUGAGCAGGGUGCCAUUUUGCAGCAGAAACAAGCAAUUAAGCUACUUUCAAUUGUUCUGAAAAUGCUUUAUGUCAAUCAAUACUUGAAGAAAAUUUGACUUUGCAAUU